GUCGUCGGCGCUACACUACCGCUGUACUCGGCGUCUCGGCGGUACGGGACGAUCACACACGUGCUGGUAUUACCGCAGCCGGUGAUGCUGCCGCCGCCGCUUUAUUAUUAUUACUAUUAUUAUUAUCAUCACCGUUGCUAUACAUUACGGUCUAAUCGUCAUUCGUCAGUUGUACACGCGUGUCUUUAGCGUGCGUGCGCGUGUUGCCGCCGCCGAGUUACUUUAUAAAAAGUUGACGUUUUGACAGCAUCACAAUCUCAAACGAAAUCGUGCGAUUAUAGCGGUGUCUGCGCGCCGCCGUAAAAUCUAAAAUAAUAAUCUAGUCGAUAUUAUAACAUGAUAUUAUUAUUACUAUUACACAAUUAGGUAUUAUAUUAUUAUUUUUACGGAUGACGAGUGCGCUUGUUGAGAUGUGCAUUUUUUUUAAAUUAUUGUCACGCCGAUGAAUCAUUGGCGACUGUAAAACGUUGUAAAAUCGUGUUUUGUCGAUUUCGUCGUAAUCGCCGGCGCCGUCGUAUCUACAUCGGAGCAAAGUCUAACAAGCGGAUCGCAAUAAUCUUCGCUCGUCGCCGGUAACACACCACAUACACGUCAUUUAAACUAUACCUAUUUCUGUCGUCGGUCACUGCGAAACUCACGACGGCGACUGCCACCGCUCACCGCCGAAUACGAAAAUAAACGCGUCCGACUGUCAAGUCGACUGUUCCCGGGCACAGGUCGGCUCGCCGUCGUAAGCACUAAUAAUAAACGGACUCGAAGGCGGACGGGCGCGCCGACGACGACGUCGUCUCCGUUUAUUACCGCCGCCGCCGCCGCCGCCGCCCGACGUAUUCCGCCUCUAAUACUGUUGUUGUUAAUAAUAAUUAUCAUAUUAUUAUUCGUUUCGUGCGUAGGUAGUGUAGCGUUGUACCGAGUGUUUUUUAGUUUUUUAAUAUCAUCGUCUCCGUUUCCGCUCGACGCUAUCGGUUCGACUACCAUACGUGAUUUAAUCGUACUGCACGCACUCGGCUAUAUUACGACAUCGAAUUGAUAUCGUUUAAACAUAUUUUUUUUAUAGGUACAAUACAUUUAGGUCUAUCUAUGUCAUAGUUGAAAAACUUUACGUUCAAUUCGAAUUCGUGUGCGAUAUUGUCUUAACGUAUAUUAAUAUACCAUAACAGUGUGUAAUCACAGUAGGUGUAAAAAAUAAUUACCUUGAAUAAUUACUAUCUUAGUAUUCUUUUUACUGUGGUAUGGUAUUAUAAUCGUAAUUUUAAUAUUAUUAGCCGAUAAUAAGCUUGGUCGCGAUAUGGAAUGUCGUCGACCCGUCAUUACCGGCGGAGUGUUGCGAUCGCCUCCGUCCGCUUCAGCGGCACCGCUGACGGUAGCUGCGAACCCGAGCGUCAUGCGGCAUCGGGGCCGCCGCCAUAGUCGACCGUACGAUUAUGCUGACAAUGUUGUUGACGAGUACAACAAUAACAACAACAACAGCAACGUGACCGCCGUGACCACGAUAAACAACACGACUCAGCUCAUGGACGAAUUGGAACAGCUGAGGACCGACAACUUUCAGCUCCGGUUGCGCGUCUACAACGCAGAGCGACGGGUAGACAGGCUGUCGGCAGCCGCACUUGAGAGAGACAGGAAGAGGCGCAGCGACAAUACGGAUACGGAUAGCGACGACACCGACGCUAGUAGUGACCACGCUGAAACUGACCACAAUAACGCGGCGGCGAAAGCGACUGCCGAAGCGGCCGUGCGCACCAUCCACGACUUGCUAACCGUUAACCGGCGAUUGCUGGCACUACUGGCGGCCACAGUGUCUGCCAAAGCGGUGUCCGUGUCCACCGACGACAAACGACGGUGGCAGCGACUGCGAAACCAUAUAGAAGAAUACGCCGUAGAUGGCCGGAACUGCAAAGAGAAGACAAAUGAAGACGACGAUGAAUUUCAUGACGCAUCUGCUACGGACUCCGAGACGUCGUGCAAAGCGCGGGUUGUAUCCGAAGAGCGUUCUGCGACGAGACAGAAAGUUCUGCGUUCGCCACCGCCGCCACCCCAGCCGCCACCGUCCCCACCACUCGAGACCACAAGAGUGGACGACGAGGGUGCCGGUUCUGAGGUGUCUCGUCUACGGGGACGGUGCAGACGGCUGGAGCGGUCAUUGCAACAACUAGUCAACACGGAACUGUGGGCACGGAACCGACAAAUUGGCAAGCUCGAGCAGCAGCGAUACGUGACGCAGGUGGCCGACGCGGCCGCACAGAAGGACAGGAGACCGACAGAACAGGCGGUGGUAGCUGCAGUUGCAGCUCAGUCACAACAACAUCAUCUGCAGCAGCUCCGCUUGAAAGCCACACCGUCGAAUGCUUCGCCGCCGGCGACUAAAGGAAUCUUGGUGAUACGAUCGGCCGCGGAGAUACCAGGCUGCAGCACCUCAAAAAUGUCAGCAGCUGCCUGCACGGAGUCGCAAACUGCAGCAUCUUCGCCGAAGGUAGCCACCAUCACAACGCCGCCUCCAGUGUUGCCGGACUACUCGGAAGUGAACUUUUUUUUUAGCUGCGACGAAGAAGAUGACGACGACGAUGACCACGACCGCCGAGAAGACUCCGCAGAGACCAACUGCACUUCGUCGUCAGAAGAGGAGACCACGGAUUCGAAAGACUUCAGGGGCGACGAACAGCCGGUGCGGUUAGCUGCGGUCGGCACUCCCGCGGUGACGUCAUCGACAAGUAAGCGAAAACGUCACUGUCGACCGCAUCAUCGGCAACCACAGCAGCCAAUCAAGAGCGUCGGCGAUUCCGCAACCGUUAGUACAACGACGUCCUCAUCAACGGAGUCUGCGGCCGCGGAGGAUGAGGCGGACCAAUUGAACGGUGGUAGUGUUAUGACAACGGCGACUGCUACGUCACCCUGUACCACUCGACGUCAUCGGACUGUAAGUGGCGGUAGUGGUUUGCAUAGAAGGCGCCGGUGCAGGCCACCUCGCCGGUGUUCGACUUGCGGCCGUUGCAGUGGCGGUGUGGACGUGGCCGCAUCUGAUCGUCCGAGACCGCCGUCAGUGGCCGACGUACAAGUGCAGUGCGGCAACGGAAACGUGGCGGUCGACCACAGCUGCAACAGUGAUCGAGGCGUCGGUGAACUGCAACUGCAACAGUUGCGCCACGAACUGGACGCCCGGCGGCGUGAAAACGGUCGACUGUACGACAUGUUACUGAGGCUGCAACGCGGAACGCGACCGGGUGACCGAGGAAAAGGCGAUGGUGGUCCUAGGAUUCCGUCUCCCGACUUCUCGGACUCGGAUUCAAAUGGUUCGCCCGAACCGUACCGGCGGGCUGCCGGAGUGGUCCGCGGCCACAUCGCCGACCUGUUGCCACCGCUCCUGUCCAUGCGGUAGAUUUCGGACGAUGAUGGUGGCGACGGUGGCGGCGGAAGCCAUCAGCGGUACCGGCCGGACGGUGCGGAACAACAACAGCAACAACAACAACAACAACAACAGUUGCAGCUACUCACUCGUCUCCGGGAACGCAUAGUGGCGUAUGAACGGCGUGAACUCAACGGCGGUGACGACCGCUCAACUGCAGCGGUGCAGCAGUCGGCUGACCCGUCGGACGACGCCGUCCGCCGUAUGGACCGCACUGAUCUGGUGAACGUGGCGCUCCCGCGGGUCGUAGAACGGCUCCGCCGAGCGCUCGUCCCCCUGUUGCAGCAUCGGCCGGAAAAUGUUGUAGCCACAGCGUCGACCGGUGGUGGAUCAGUGAACGGGACCGGUGAUUUGAUCGUCGAUGGCGUAGUAUCACCGCCACCCAGUGGAGGACGAUGACAAAGAUUUUAUAGGUAACCCUUGGCCCCUCAAUACCAGUACAUUAUAUUUUGAAUACUGUUUUAAUAUUUUUCCGAACGACCCUGCAGCUUGCAAAAGUAAUCGAAUAAAAUGUGGUUUGGUGGGUUGGUUAUUCAGUUUUUAUUUCUUAUAUAGCUAUAUAUACUGUACACUGUAUACGUUUGUUUUUUUUUAUCUUGCGACACUUUUAAAUUUUUAUAUGCCAAAUGACUAUUAUUAUUAUUGUUAAUCUUGUGAUGUAUAUUGCAAUAUAGGUACUUAUAAUAUACCUAUACUAAUAUAUUAAUUUGCCAAAAGGCUUAUUUCGUCUCUAGUGUGCCAAAUUAUUUUUUUUUGUACCUACACUAAUGAAUAAUGAAUGCUGGCAUUGUAUAUUGGUAUAUUAUAUUCUACCUGUAUUUUUUUGUAUGUAUUAUAAAUGAGUAAACGAAAAAAUUGAUAUUUGUAUUUUACUUAUUGACUAAUUAUAUAAUAUACUCAUAAAUAUACUUGUACAAGUGUUAUACGUCGUAUAUUUCUACUGCCUACUUUAAACAUAUAUUAAAUUACUAACUCAAUAAACGUUUAUACUGAUCAA